UGAAUUAAGCUAAAAUACUACACACGACCCGUGACUCUUUUGCAUUCGAAACCUCGGAGAAUAAAAUUAGCAGACAAAAUGAAGUCCUUCGUUGCUUUCGUUGCUCUCUUAUUCGUGACCUUAACCGUUUGCGGAAAUGUGGAUUACGACAGAUGUGGCGGUGUUGGAACAUUUAUGGGAAUGAGGAUCGGAGGCUGUGAGGGACGAGUUUGUUGGAUGACCCCUGGCACUCCCUAUUUAUGCGAGGGCGAUUUGUACCCAAGUUCUGCCGCAGCUUCUCUUUCCCUCAGAGUGACCGCAGUUUACCUGACAACAACCAUCACGAUCAUCGAUACCGUUUUGGAGAACAGCUCUAUUCAGCCAGGUUUCCUCUACACAGUCAAGUUUACGAUUGUACCAAAUGACAUAUUGGCAGGAGAGUAUUUGCCAGUUCAAGCCGAGAUUUACCACACAGUAGGCACUAUCACUGAAAUCUGUGUUGGAUUCCACGUUCGAGUCGAACAACUGAAGAAAUAAUUUUUCAGUUUGUGCUGUCUGAAUUAAUGAUAUUUCAGUUUGCGUUUGCAUCAAAAAUUAAAGCCUCAAAAUUUGUUAUUACA